AUGGCUGCCACGCGAAAUUAUGAAAUGUUAAGUGAUGAGCAGAAGCGUAUACUAAGCUCGUUUUAUAACAACGGAAUGAUUUCUGCCUCAAAAGAAAUGGAGGAUACGAUAACAAAAGCUGCGGAGAAAGCAGAAACGACGGUUGAAAAAGUUAAGAAGUGGAUUGGCAAUGAAAGAAAGAAGAGAAGAAAAAGAAACUUUGAACCUGCAGCACUAGAGCAAGACAUGUCAAAAUACACUAAGUGUCCUCCAAUAAAACGCAUGGCCUCAGGAUACAACAUGUUUACUUCAAACUUAUUAAGUUCAGAUGCUUUGAAAGGAACGUCUUCUAAUCAAGAGAAGAUGAAAUUGGCUGCGUCCAAAUGGAAAGACAUCAGUGAAGAAGAAAGAAAAAAAUGGAACCAUGAAGCUCAAAAACUUGGAAAGGCUGAUCCGAAGACCAUGUCUGUUGAAGAGAAAAAAAAAGCAAUUAAAAGGGAAACAAAAAAUCUUAUCAAGCAAGUGAGUAAAUUAAAACGACUUGACUAUAUUUUCAUCAUUUGA